AAUUCUUAGCGGAAUACAAAUUGAUUUUUGUCUGUUCACAGUUGGCAAAACUGACCACGCGUUUGAGUGCGAAAACGGAUCCAAUUCUAAUAUAUUAUAAUUUAUUAAUUCAAUAAUAUUAAAUUAUAAAUAUAAUCAGCCAGAGGAAGAAGGAAAAAUAGUUACUUUGAUCAGAGAACGAAAUGGCAACCCUCGGUGGUGUCCGUGAUAUUGAUGUGACUGCUAACGCUAUUGAGAUCGAUAGCCUCGCGCGUUUCGCCGUUGAUGAGUAUAACAAGAAACAGAAUUCGACGCUGCAGUUUGUGAAAGUUGUGAAGGCGAAGCAGCAGGUGGUUUCUGGAACUGUGUAUUAUCUAACUCUGGAGGCGAAAGAGGGGGAUCAGAAGAAGCUUUAUGAAGCCAAAGUGUGGGAGAAGCCUUGGUUGCACUUCAAGGAGUUGCAGGAGUUUAAGCUUCUUGAUGCUGCUUCUGCUUAGUUUGGUGACUGGUUAACAGUAUGUCAAACACGAAAAUAAAAAUAUCAGGGAAUUGAAGCUGUAUUCAGUAUGAAAUAAAUGUAAAUGACUUAUGAAUUUGGUUUGAACUUUGCAAUUUAUGUGUGUAGAUUCUUCUUUUGUAUAAAUUGCGCAACUCUGUGAAGCUCUUCUACAUUGUUGCACGGUGAUGCAUCAGCCUAAUGAAGACUUCAUGAACAUGCAAACAAGUUAUGUGCAAAUAAAUUUGUUGUAUUAUAUGUGCAAAUUUUAUCCCUAUCUAAUUGCUCCAUUUUCUA